UUCUAUGCAGGGUCUGAGUCGGGUGUGAGCGCGGUGUCUGCGGUUCGGAGGCCGUGGAGGCGCGGGGGCUGUUCCCGCAGGGGUCCGGUGUUUAGGACCGGAGGGCCGAUGAGCUCCUGCGGCUUGAUCUCCUCUUGCCUGAAGCCGAGACUCUGGGAAAGUCAGCGCAUGCCGGCGCAAGCUGAGCCGGAGCGCUACCGCCCGGAGGCCCGGGUGGCCGGGAGGUCCGGGGCCGCGGGGCCGCCCCUGCGCGAGGAGCUGGUGAUAGUGAAAGUGGAGGAGGACCCAGCCGGAGGGCGGGAGCCCGAGCCGCCCGGGGCCUGGCAGGACCCGGAGACGUCUCGGCAGCAUUUCAGGCGGCUGAGUUACCAGGAAGUGGCCGGCCCCGAAGAGGCGCUGAGGCGGCUCCGGGAGCUCUGUCGCCGGUGGCUGCGGCCCGAGCUGCACUCCAAGGAGCAGAUCCUGGAGCUGCUGGUGCUGGAGCAGUUCCUGACCAUGCUGCCCGCGGAGCUGCAGGCCUGGGUGCGGGAGCACUGCCCGGAGAGCGGGGAGGAGGCUGCGGCCGUGGUGCGGGCCCUUCAGAGCGCUCUGGACCGGGCCUCACCGCAGGAGUCGGUGACAUUCGAGGAUGUGGCUGCUUCUCUGACCUGGGAGCAGUGGGAGCGCGUGGACCCAGGCCGGAGGGACUUGUGCAAGGACAGUGCACGGGAAGUCUACGGGGGCACCAUCCCAGCUGGUUUGGAGACCAGAGCUGAGAACAAAGGGUUGAUUCCAAAGCAAGAAAUGUCAGAAGCAGAGCCCCAGGGGCAGCUCCCAGAGGUGCCCCAGGGACUGGCCUGCCCGUCUUCUGAGGGUGGUGCUACCCAGGACGACAGGGGAGAGAAGCAUUCAAGAUGUCCCUCCUCACUGAAACUUGAAAAUCCUGCCGAAGAGCAGGGACUCACCAGCACCUCCGAGCUCAACCAGAAUGGAGCCACAGCAGAGAGAGACUCUGAGAAUAAUGGACUGGGGAACAGAAGUUCCAGCUGUGUCCUUUGUCAGCACAUCUGGACAGCAGAGAGGCCUGCCGACGGUCAUGAACACGGGAGCGAGUGCAGACAGUGUUUACAUAUGGUGAGUCGCCACGCUGUGGACAGUGGAGAGCAGUUCCGUAGUUCCGACCUGUUUGAAGCCCAGAGGCAGUUCCGUGAAGAAAGACCUUACAAGUGUGAUGACUGUGAGAAGAGCUUCAAACAGCGCUCUGACCUCCUUAAACACCAGAGAAUCCACACGGGGGAGAAGCCCUACGAAUGCCAGGCAUGCGGGAAGAGCUUCAGUCAGAGCGCUGCGCUGAUUAAGCACCAGAGGACACACACAGGGGAGAAGCCAUAUGCAUGUCUGAAAUGUGGGGAGUGCUUCAGACAGAGUUCACAUCUAAAUCGGCAUCAAAGAACUCACACUGGAGAGAGGUACUAUAAAUGCGAGGAGUGUGGGGAAACGGGCCACAUUUCCAGCCUUUUUAGACACCAGAGGCUGCACAAAGGAGAGAGACCCUACAAAUGCGAAGCAUGUCAGAAGGGCUUCAAACAGCGCUCUGACCUCUUUAAACAUCAGAGGAUCCACACCGGGGAGAAGCCUUAUGGAUGUUCUGUGUGCGGGAAAAGCUUCAGUCAGAGUGCGACGCUCAUUAAGCACCAGAGAACUCACACAGGAGAGAAACCUUAUAAAUGUCUUGAAUGUGGGGACAGCUUUAGACAAAGCACACACCUCAUCCGGCACCAAAGAAUCCAUCAAAAUAAAGUCUCGUCAUUUUGAUAUGCUUCUGCAUGCCCUGUUUUGUUUGUUUCAUGUCCAGAAACCCCAUUCGGUGGCAUUUGGAGUAUUGCAGUGAACCAUGGACCGCGUUGCCUUGGGAAUCCCACACAAAACAGGCUCGGGCUGACAUGAGUCUCAAUACAUACUUUGAUAGCAUUUCACACAGGGAGGAGUGAGAGGGGAGUUCCCCAAAAGAAGACACUGCGACUUCUGAGGAGAAGAGCAAAGGCUAAUGUGACAGAAUCUGUCCGUGUCGUCCUCACUCUUCCUGCCUCUUCUUUGGACCAAAUCUUGCCCACUUCAAUUGUUUUCCUAAGAAUUGUAGUCAUUUAUAAUAAUUUCUCUACCCAGUUGUUGGAGAGGAUUUGCACUACUUUGUAAUCCUCAAAUCACCUGGUACAUCUGAGCACAGAGAAGA